AACAACAAAAAUCAAAGAGAAUUAAGUGAGAAUCUCACCCUACUGAAAAACUUUUUAACAGCAAGAGAAAUCACUAACAGAGUGAAGAGACAACCCACAACUUGGGAGAAAAUGUUUGCCAAGUGUUUCUCAGACUAAGUAUUACUAUUGAGAGCACGGAAAACUAAAAAUUUUCAGUCUUCCCAGAUAUAAAGACCCAAUCCAAAAAUGUGCAUCUGAGGUGAAAUACACAGUUCUCAGAUGAAGAAAUAAAAACAGCAAAUAAAUAUGUGACAAAAUGUUCUGCAUCACUCGUCAUUUAACAAUUGCAAAUUAAAUAACACUGAUAAGUCACCUUGCCCCAGAAAAAAUGCCUACUGUCAAGAAAUCAAGCAAUAACGAAUGCUGGAGGGGUUGUGGGGGGAAAAGCAACCCUUCUCCAUUGUUGGUGGUAUUUUUUAACUUUUAACUUUUUAACUUUCAAAUAAAAUGGGUUUGGGAGAAAAAACAAGGACUGAGGUAAAGACUUCCAGUGCAAAUACUCAUCAGACGAGCUGAGGUCAACAUUCCAGAAAAUAGCCAGCUCCAGAAGCCUCCACCAUGUUUCAUUGGGGACCCACACUUACAGGUGGGUUUAUUUUCUGUAAUUAUUCUUGGUGGGGAAGACAGGCAGGGGGGCAGGAGCCAAUCAGUGAUGAAGAGACUGGCUGUAAGAACUGUCCAAUCAGGCGGGCCAAGGUAGGCGGUCUCUUCCAGUGUCAUGGCGUCAAUUGCAAGGCCAGGGCAAAAAAGAGAGCGCUAGAUGUUUGCUAGACCACUAUUUUUUGCUUCUAUUCUCUGUGGACUGCUUAAAAAGAACCUGGGAGACCUCCAAACUACGCAAUGGAGGUGGUGACCUUUGAGGAUGUGGUCGUGAACUUCAGCAAUGAGGAGUGGACUUUGCUGAGUCCAUCCCAAAAGAACCUCUACAGAGAUGUGAUGGGCGAAACCUUUAGGAACAUGACUGCAAUAGGAGGACUUGGGGAUAUCCAGGAAGCUGAAAAAGAAUGCAAAAUUUACUGGACAUACUUAAGAAAUGACAAGGUAGGGAAAUCCUAUGGACGUACAUCUUGGAAUCAGUGUAGAGAAGUAUUCCUUUGUACUGCAGAAGGUAAUGUGAAUGUGAAAGAAGCAGAAACACACCACAAUGUUCAGAUCCAUGAAACAUAUGGCACUAGUGAGAAAUCCUAUGUAUGUCAGCAAUGUGGAAAAGGGUUCACCAAAUCUCGACAUUGUAAGCAACAUGAAAGAAUUCACACUGGAGUGAAACCAUAUGUAUGUAAGAAAUGUGGGAAAGCUUUUAACACAUGGACAAAUUGUAAAAUACAUGAAAGAAAUCACACUGGAGAGAAACCCUAUGUAUGUAAGCAGUGUGGGAAAGCUUUUGAGAAACGGGCAAACUGUAAAAUACAUGAAAGAAUUCACACUGGAGAGAAACCCUAUGUAUGUAAGCAAUGUGGGAAAGGUUUCACACAACAUGGAACUUGUAAGCAACAUGAAAGGAUUCACACUGGCGAGAAACCAUAUGUAUGUAAGCAAUGUGGGAAAGCUUUUACCCGACAUGGACUUUGUAAGCAACAUGAAAGAAUUCACACUGGAGAGAAACCCUAUGUAUGUAAGCAAUGUGGAAAAGCUUUUAACACAUGGGGAAUUUUUAAGAAUCAUGAAAGAAUUCACACUGGAGAGAAACCCUAUGUAUGUAAGCAAUGUGGGAAAGGUUUUACCCGACAUGGAAAUUGUAAGAAACAUGAAAGUAUUCACACUGAAGAGAAACCAUAUUUAUGUGAGCAAUGUGGAAAAGCUUUUAACACACGUGCGCAUUGUAAGGUUCAUGAAAGAAUUCACACUGGAGUGAAACCAUAUGUAUGUAAGCAAUGUGGGAAAGCUUUUAACACAUGGACAAAUUGUAAAAUACAUGAAAGAAUUCACACUGGAGAGAAACCCUAUGUAUGUAAGCAAUGUGGGAAAGCUUUUAACACAUGGGGAGAUUUUAAGAAACAUGAAAGAAUUCACACUGGAGAGAAACCAUAUGUAUGUAAGGAAUGUGGGAAAGCUUUUAGCACACGGGCAAAUUGUAAAAUACAUGAAAGAAUUCACACUGGAGAGAAACCCUAUGUAUGUAAGCAAUGUGGGAAAGCUUUUAACACAUGGGCAAACUGUAAAAUACAUGAAAGAAUUCACACUGGAGAGAAACCCUAUGUAUGUAAGCAAUGUGGGAAAGCUUUUACCCAACAUGGACAUUGUAAGCAACAUGAAAGUUCACACUCAAGAUAAAACCAGUGUAUAUAAGCAUCAUGAAAAUUUUUUAAGCACAAGUACAUAUUGCAUAAUGCGUGAAAAACUUCACACAGGCAGAAAACUUGUAUAUGUAAGGAAUGUGGGAAAGGUUUCAGCAGAAAUGCUCAUUGUCCAAUACAUGAAAAAAUUUACAAUGUUGAGAAACCCUGUUUAUGUGAAGAAUGUGGGAAAGCUUUCACCACACAUGGAUUUGUAAAAUACAUCAAUGACUCCACUCUUGUGAGAAAACCUAUGUAUAUAACAAUGUGGCAAAGCUUUUACCACAUACAGUCAUUGCAAAACACAUGAAAGAAUUCACACUGGGAAGAACCACUGGCUAUGUAAGCAUGUGGAGACACUUUCAGCAGCCAGAUUGUAAGUGAAAUACAUGAAGAAGCUCACACAAGAGAUAAAUCCUAUGUGUUAUGAAAAUACUCUCAACACACAUGAUCAUAUUUACAUAUCUGAAAGAGUUCACUUUAUCCUAUGUGCAUUAACAAUGUGAUAAAUAUGGCUAUCCAUGUUUGUUGUUAAAUACAUAGAAAAAGCAGCACUCUUGAGACAGUUUAAAUCUAAGUUUACUUUAAAAAUUCCAAGUAGACCUGAAGAAAUAAUCAAUACAGAAGUUUGAUAUCAAUAUUUCUUCAGAAAUGACAAAUCUGAAGUGGAGCUCUACUCAAGUACAUAUUUUGUAUGGUUUUCAGUUAAUCACUUAUACCUCUUUAGAUUUUUUAAAGUGUCUUUGUGCUUCAACAUGGCAUCUUGUAAUUAAACAUGGUAAACUGAAAUGGGCUUUUCACUUUCAAGUAUGGAUAGUGUCUAUGUACUUAAUAUUUUGUCUUUAAACCUUAAUUUUUAUAUUUUUGGUGAAUUAUUUUUAUUUAAAGAAAGAAAGCAAAAAGUGUAGAAAUAAUACAAAAGUUCUGAAAAAUAAACAAUAAGAAAUCACUAGUUGAUUAGUUACAUAUUAUCAUCUUAGAAGUAAUUGUGCAAGUUGCAAAAUUAAAGCAUACAAAGUGAUAUUCAAAUAAUGACACUGCAAACAGUUCACCUCAGUGAUCCAACAAAAACUUAUUAAUGAUUAUCUGUUCUACAAACUUGUUUUUUAUCUAAAAGAUGGUAAGAUUAAAUAUGACAAAACAGAACAGUUCAUAAGGAAACAAGUUAAGGAAACACAGGUUUCAAAGCAAGUCCACUGAGAUGUUCAUUUUCUAUCUUACUGUCUCUAGUUUUCUUCAAAAUAGUUGUUCCCAUCUUCACAUGCAUUGAAUAUAUACUGAACAUUAUAGAACUAAUCAAAUAAUUACAGGAUGAUAAAGGCUUUUUUGAUCUUCAAGACUAUUUUGGGGAAGUUGAUAAUGAUUACCAUAAUGUGUCUCAUUCUCUUCGUAGUAGACAUCUUUAUUUUUAUGUAUGCUGAAAUUGAAGAUAAGAGACUAAACUAAUAUCACUCUGAACAGUGAAUAAUAGUAUCCUGAGAAGGAGAAAGGUGAGGAAUUGUCUAAAAAAAGAAGUAAGAGCACAUUGUUAAAAGUGUAUCAGGAUUUAAAAGCUAUAGUAUUUCUGUUGCUCUGUUUAGUUUGAUUAUAUUUUGUUCUGGUCUGUCUACUCACAUUAGAUUUGAGGGCAAAGAGAGAUAACCCAAAAAUGGCAGGUUAUACCAUGAUGGUAAUUGUCCUUAAUUUCCUAUUAACUAAAACUGAAACCUUGUAUUACUUACAUGGUCUUACUAUGACUGAUCUUACUGGAAGCUGGUUUGUUUGAAUGUUAUUUGGCCUUGACUGAUUUUAUUCACAUUUGGUAUGAUUGCUGGUAUCAAGUCCAAGAGUAGAGGAAACUACUCUGAAGAUGAUAAGAUGUGAAAGAUAUAUAUUGGGGGUCUGGGGAUUUAGCUCAGUGGCUUAAGCCCCUGCCUGGCAAGUGUGAGGUCAUCAGUUUGAUCCCCAGUACCAAAAAAUAAAUAAAUAAAAGAUAUAAAUUCUGGGUUUAAUUUUUUUAUUUAAGGAGAAAAAAAGAACAUAAAAAAACAAAGCAGUAAAAGGGUACAAAUAAUACAGAAUUUCAAGAAAAAAAUACAGUAAGAAAUCACUAGUUAAUAGGUUACACAUUGUCUUCUUAGAAACAGUUGUCCAAAUUAUAAAAUUAAAGCAUAUAAAGUGAACAUUCUUACAGCAAGACUGCAGACAGUUCUGUUCAAUGAUCCAACAAAAGCUCAGUAAUAUGGUUUUCCUUCCUACACACUCAGGCAGGCACUUAUAUCCCUUAGACCACCUUCCUUUCCUCCCUUCUUCACAAAAACAAUUACACUUUUGGGUUUUUUUUUUACUUCGAUAGUUCUUAUUAUUUUUUUGAAGAGAAUAAAACCUCAAGUGAGUUAACAAAACAUAAUUGGUUAGAACAUAAGGAUGGGCAUAGUACUUGAUGCAAAAAUAGAAUAUCAGGUGAUCAAAAAUGGUUACCACUGUUCCUCUUGCUAUUUUUAAAAAGAGUUCCCUAUAUAAUCAGGUAUAAUAGAAUUGACAAAACAGUACAGAACAAGACCAAUAAAAUCUAAACUGGAGACCUUACAGAAUUUCAAAAGAAGAUAAUAGUCAAACCAUAAUGGGCAUCAUAGUAAAUCUUAGUGCCUACAAAGUGGUUGCCUAUACCCUCAAACUUGAUACUAUCAAAUAAAAUAGAAUAUAGUAAAAUCAGGGAGAAUAAGAUGGGGAGAGCAAUACUGGGGUUAAAAUCAGGUUAAUAGGAAAACAAAAAAAAGUUACUAUAAUAUAUCCUACUAUUUUUUAACUUAGUUUUCCUUUAAUUGAAAAAGAAGUAAAAAUCGAAUAAUUUUUUUUAAAAAGGGUGGCGAUCGAGAUAAAAGAGACAUUGUAAUAGAACAACACAGGUCAGAACUGAGCAAUUAAAGCAUCAUUCUGUUUCACCUCCAGGUAAUCUAACAUAAUAGUAGUCACCAUAGCGCCUCUUUCCUUGAAUUAUUUGAGUAUAACUUCGUAUACUAUAGAAUCAAUCACAUCAAGACAGUGUGAAGCCAUUCAAGAGAAUGAAAGAAUUACAGGGUAUUUAGAGCCAGUUAACAGAAAAUGAACAACGAUUUCGAUAUUAUCUCUUUGCCUGUAAAAAUUUUUAUUUAUACUAUCACAUACAGUAAAAUAUAUUAAGAUACAAUAUGUUAAAACCAGUGGAAACAUUUACAACAACUUGAUGGGAGUUCCAGAGAAGAUGAUAUUAAAUCAGCACUAGAUUUUAUGAUGUGUUAUUUUCUUCAGAAUAGCUAUUUGUACUAUCACCGAUACUAAAAUCAAAAAACCCAGGGUAAAACCAUUGCACUUAAUGAGUGAAAACAUAUGGAUUCAAACCAAUAUGAUUGGGUAUCAUGAUUACCACAUACUUCUAUGUAUUAUCAUUUCUUAUACUAGGGAAUAUAUUUGGUAUUUAUACAUGUGAGUUUGAUUUAUUUCAGUUAGGAGUAUGGUCUCAGACUGCGUCCAUUUAUUUAUAUGUCAAUGUGAUCAUUCUUUAUAGCUGAGUAGUACUCCAUUGUGUAAAAACACCAUAACUUUUUUAUCCAUUCCUCAGUUGAUGGACACUUAGGUUGUUUCCAAGAUCUGGCUAUUACAAACUGUGCUGGUAUAAAAAUGGGUGCACAUAUAUCACUGUGGAAUGAUGCUUUCAGUUCUUCUGUGAAUAUGCCUAGAAGUAGAAUAGCUGGGUCAAAAGGUGCUUCCAGUCCUAGCUUUCUGAGAAAUCUCCAGACUGAACUCCACAAUGGUUGUGCAGUCUACACUCCCACUAACAGUGCAGGAGAGUUCCUUUGUCCCAACAGCGUUUCCAACAUUUGUUGUUGGUGGUUUUCUUGAUCUUGGCCAUUCUUUCAGGAGUGAGAUGAAAUCUCAGUGUGGUUUUAAUUUGCAUUUCUCUAAUGACCAUUGAUGGUGAACAUUUUCUUAUGUAUUUACUUGUAAUUUGUAUUUCUUCAUCUCAAAAUUGUUUAUUCAUCUCAGAUGCUCAUUUUUGGAUUGGGUCUUUGAAUUUUGGUGUUCUCAUUUUUGAAAAUUCUUUAUAUGUUUUAGACAGAAGUCCUCUGUCUGAGGGGCAGUUCACUAAGAUUUUUUCCCAGUUUGUGGGUUUUCUUUUCACUAUACUGGAGAUUUCUUUUGAUGUGCAGAAACUUUUUAAUAAGAGGUGAUUCCAAUUAUUGAUUCUGGGAAGCAUUUCCCAUGCAGUUUGAGUCCUGUUCAUGAAUUCUCUACCUACUCCUAUGUCUUCAAGGUUUUUACCCAACUUGUCUUUCAAUAGAUUUAGUGUUUCUGUUUUAAUAUUUAGAUCUUUGAUCUAUUUAGAUUUUAUUUUAGUACAUGGUGAUAGACAUGGGUCUAGUUUUAGUUUUAGGCAUAUGGAGAGCCAGUUUUUCACCACCAUUUAUUAAAGAGAAUGUCAUUCUUCCAGUGAAUAUAUUUGGCCCCUUUAUCAAAGAUAAGGUAGUUGAGUGUGUUUGUAGUUGUGGUUGUAUCUUCUCAUCUAUUCCACUGAUCUUCGGCUCUGUUUUGAUUCCAGUAGCAUGUUGAUUUUAUUACAGUUGCUUUGUAGUAUAACUUCAAGUCAGGGAUUGUGGUACCUCCUGCCUUGCUUUUGCUGCCUCUAACUGUCUUUACUAUUCUAGGUUUCUUCUCACACCAGAUGAAUUUUAGGGUGAUUUCUCAAGUUCUAUGAGGUAUGUUGAUGGUAUUUUUAUCGGGAUUGCAUUGCGUCUGUAUAAAAGUUUUGGGAGAAUGGCCAUUUUCACAAUAUUUAUUCUUCCUAUCCAUGAGUAAGGGAUGUCUUUCCUUUUUUUGAAAUCAAAUUCAAUUUCAUUUUUCAGUGUGUUAUAAUUUUCCCUGUAUAGGUCUUUCACUUCUUUCGUGAGAGUAAUUCCUAAAUAUUUCAUUUUCUUGGUUGCUAGUGUGAAGGGUGUGGCCUCUCUUAUUUCUGUCUCUGUGACUUUGUUGUUAGUGUAUAGGAAUGAUAUUGAUUUUUGAGUAUUGAUUCUGUAUCAUGCUACAUUACUGAAUUUAUUUAUUAUAUCUAGGAGUCUUUCAAUGGAGCUUCGGGGAUCUUCCAGAUAAAGUAUCAUGUCAUCUGCAAAUAAUGAUAAUUUAACUUCUUCUUUCCCUAUCUUUACGGCUUUUUUUCUCCCUCUUUUCUAAUUGCUCUGCCCAGUAUUUCCAGUACUAUAUUAAAUAGGAGCUGUGAUAAGGGACAUCCUUGUCUUGUGGCUGAUUUUAAAGUAAAGGCCUUCAGUUUUUGACCAUUUAAUAUGUUACUGGCUGUUGUUUUUUCAUUGCCGGCCUUAAUUAUAUUGAGGUAAGGACCAUCUAUUCCAAUUUUCUGCAAGGUUCUUAUCAUAAAUGAAGGUUGGACCUUAUCAAAAUCUUUUUCUGCAUCUAUAGUAAUGAUCAUGUGACUAUAACUUUUGGCUCUAUUGAUAUGGUCUAUUACAUUUAUUGAUUUACAUAUAUUAAACAAUCUCUGCAUGCCUGGGAUGAAUCCCACUUGGUCAUGGCAUAUGAUCUUCUUGUUGAUUUGCUGCAUCCUAUUUGUCAAUAUUUUAUUGAGGAUUUUUGCAUCGUUGUUCAUUAGGGAGAUUGGUCUGUAGUUCUCUUUUUCAGUUGGGUCCUCCUCUGGUUUUGGUACUAGAGUAAUAUUUGCUUCUGGGAACAAUUUAUGAAGGAUUGCUUCCCUUUCCAUUUCAAUGAAGAGUUUGAGGAGUUUUGGCAUUAGGUCUUCUUUGUAUUUCUUGUAGAAUUCUUCAGUGAAUCCGUCUGGGCCUGGGCGCUUCUUUGUAGGUAAUGAUUUUAUUAUGUUUUCAAUUUCAUUAUUAGAAUUUGGGUUAUUCAGUAGUUUUACAUCUUCAUGACCUAGCUUUGGUAUUUCAUAUGCUUUAGGAAUCUGUCUAUUUCUUCUGUGUUAUAAAACCUUUGAGAGUAGAGGUUUUCGAAAUAGGUGUUGAUGAUCUUCUGUAUUUCAAUAGGGUCUGUAAUAAAUUCACAUCUUUUAUUCCUUAUUGCAUGGAUUUGAACUUUUUCUUCCAUUUUAUAUAAGGUUGGCGAGGGGCUUUUCAAUUUUAUUUAUUCGUUCAAAGAACCAUGUCUUUGAUUCAUUGAUUUUUUGAUUGUUUUUUUAGUCUCUAUUACAUUGAUUUCUGCUCUGAUUUUUAUAAUUUCUUCUCUUCUUUUGGCUUUUGGCUUGACUUGCUCUUCUUUUUCUAGAUGUUUGAGGUAUAAUAUCAGGUUAUUUACUUGUACUCGUUCUGUUUUCCUAAUGUGAGAACUCGUGCAAUAAAUUUUCCUCAGAGGACAGCUUUCAUUGCAUUACACAGAUUCUGGUACAUUGUAUUUGUGUUUCCAUUUGUUUGUAGGUAUUGUUUAAUUUCUUCUUGAAUUUCCUUUGUGACUCACUGAUUACUCAAGAGUGUUAUUCAGUUUCCCCGUGUUUGUGGGAUUUUUGCAGUAUCUUUUAUCAUUAAUUUCUAAUUUCAUAGUGGUAUGGUCUGAUAGCAUGCAAGGGAUAAUUACAACCCUUUUGCAUUAAUUUAAAUAUGCUCUGUGAAUUAAUAUAUGGUCUAUUUUAGAGAAUGACCUAUGUAAUACUGAGAAGAAUGUGUAUGUUGUUGUUGGGUGGAAUACUCUGUAUAUGUGUAUUAAGUCCAUUUGUUCACAGGUGCCAUUCUGUUCUUUUAUUUCUUUGUCAUUUUCUGUCUGGUUGAUCUGUCCAUUGGUGUCAAUGGUGUGUUAAGAUCUCCUGUUAGAAUUGUGUUAAUGCUAAUUUGAUUUUUCAUUUUUGUUAGUACUUGUUUUAUAUAACUGCGUGCUCUGGAGUUUGGUGCAUAUAAAUUUAAGAUAGUUUUCUCUUCCUCUUGGAGUUUUCCCCUAACCAUUAUGUAGUGACCUUCUUUAUCCAUUCUGAUCAUUAUUGGCUUGAAGUUCACAUUGUCUGCAAACAGAAUAGCUACCCCCCCUUUUUUUUGGUUCCUGUUGCAUGAAGUAUUGUUUUCCAUCCUUUGACUUUCAGUCUGUGAGUAUCCUUUUGGAUUUAGAUGGGUUUCUUGUAGACAACAUGUUUGGAUUUUGUUUCUUAAUCCAUUCUGCCAGUUGGUUUCUUCCAAUUGGUCCAUUGAGACCAUUUACAUUAAUGGUUAGAACUGUUAUAUAUUGGUUUAUUGUUGACAUGUUAUCUUUCUGCUGUUGCAUCUUUAUUUUCUGCUCUUUUUAACUAUCUGUUUUGUUUAGUGGUUUUUUCCUAAAUGUAUCUAGGCUGUCUUUCAGGAUUCUUUGCAGAGUUGGCUUGGUGAUCAUGAAGUUUUUCAGCUUUUCUUUAGUAUCUUAUUUCUCCAUCGAUUUUGAAGGACAGUUUUUCAGGGUUCAUCAGUCUAGGUUGGAAAUCAUUUUCCUUUAGGAUCUGAAAUACUUUGCUGCAUGCUCUUCUUGACUUCAUUGUUUGUGCUGAGAAGUCUGCUGUGAUUCUGAUAUGUUUUCAUUUAUAGGUGAUCUGUCUCUUCUCUCUGACAGCUUUUAAUAUUCUAUUCAUUUCCUCAAUUUCUGGGAUGGUCAUUAUUAUAUGUCUGGGUGUAGAUUUAUUUUGGUUAUGCCUAUUUGGAUUUCUAUAUGCUUCACUGAUCUUGAUAUCAGUUUCCAAUCUCGUAUUUGGGAAAUUUUCAGCUAUUACUUCUCUAAAUAUCCUCUUGACAUCCUUUAUGUUGUCCCCUUCUUUUUCAUUUAUCCCUAUCAACCUUAUGUUGUUCCGCUUUGCAUCAUCUUGCACGUGUUCAAUAGUUAUUUCCUGAUUUCUUGUUAUUUUUAAAAGAUCUUUCCUUUCCUGUUCACUGGCUGCAAUCUUAUCUUCAAGGUCUUAGAUUCUAUCUUCAUAUUCAUUGAGACAGUUUUUACAACUUUCAGUGCAGUUUUUGAUUUCCUGUAUAUCACUUUGCAUCCACUUUAUGUAUUCUGUUUGUUUCUUAUAGAGUUCAUCCAGUGAUUCUAUCUUUUUGUUUAGUUCCUCCAAUUUUUUAACUGUGUCUUCUUUAGAUAUGUUCAGAAUCUCCUUCAUUUCUUUUAACAUUUCUUUUUUUUUUACCUACGAGAUUGUUUGAAUUUCUUUAAUGCUUCCCAAAGUUGCUUCUUUAUUUCAGUUACUAUUAUUUCAGGUAUUUCAGUUAUGUGAAAUGUGUUUUCUUUUAUGCACAUGGCUCCUAGGCUUUUUUGGAAUGGGAUGGAUGUUUGAAAUUGCACUUUGGUCUUUCAUUGUGUCAUUUUGCUGUAUUUUCAAGCUUCUAGUGUUGUUCCAAAUGAGGGGGCGAGUUCACCCAGAUUGGGACGGGAUUCCAUGCCUUGGCCGAACUUGCUGGCAAGGUAGGGUGUUCCUCUUGACUGGAAUUGGAAUCUGUUCCUGGGCCCCACUCGCUGGUCCUGGCAGGAAUCUGAGGGCUUAUCCUCAGGUGAGGAAUAGAGUUACCCCAGCCUGGGAAAGGAUUCAGUACCUUGGCCUGACUCCCUGAUUCUGACUCGAAGGUCCCAACUCACUGGUCCCUGUGGGCCUCCACCUGGUCCCCAGGUGAGGAAGGGAGUUCCUCCAGACUGGGAUGGGAUUCCGUGCCUUGGCCUGACUCGCUGGUCCUGGCAGGAAACCAUGGGUUCUACAUCAGGUUUGAUUAUUAACUGCUUUCACAUCCUACAAUGUCUUCAAAGUUGUGUUUUUAUAAAAAUAGCUAUAUAAUGUUAUGCUUAAUUAUAUAGUCCCUGAUGAUGUGGACAAUUCUAUUGAAAAUAACAAGAGAAGGCAUAGUAAGUACUGUGUAUCACCUAAUAUUGUGAUCUUAUGUCUCUUUCAUAUCAUGAUUUUCUAGGAAUUUGUUUUGUUGUCUUAUUUUGAUCUGUUUUCCCCCAUAACACAGAAAGGAUAGAUAUACACAUAGAGAUUCACAAAUGAGAAGAAUUUCUAACCUAUUUAUUGGAACAAAUAAUAUAAUGCAUAAUGUAAUGAACAGAUACACUGAAGAAGAAGUGACACUAAGAAACCCAAUGCUAUUUCUGUAGCAUUAUGAUAUAAAAUUGAACAAUACUAUUAUUUACUGUUCAGAGUGAAAUUAGUCUAGUCUCUUAUUUUUUGGGGAAUUGUAAUUUUAACAUGGCAUUGUUUUAAUAUUUUGAUGCACAUACUUCAUUUUCUCUUUCAUAAAUGAUGUUUCUGAAGUUGAUGCAAUAUUUGGCAUUAAGAUAUACAUUUGUAGAGGAUUGGAGUAUGUGUUUUUGACAAAUAUGUGUUCUUUUCACAUAACUUGUACAUUAAUGAAUGUUAUGUUUUCCAAGUUGUGACAAGACAUCUGCUAAUUUCCUAGCAUCACUGGAUAUCAUACCAUGUAAAUUAUGUUGCCUGAUUUUGUUUCUCAGUGGAGCCAGUAUUGGUCAUUUAAGUAAAACUUUGUUUUUCUAACCAUCAGAAUUUUACUUGUUAUGUUUAUAUUACAUCUUUAUUUGCUAGUAAGGUUUCCCAACGUGUACCAAAUGUAAACCAUACUACUGUGAAUAUCUGAUUAUGCCAUACUGACAGAAUCAUAACGUCUCCAAUAGCACGUCACAAUAUAUAUAUAUAUAUAUAUAUAUAUAUAUAUAUAUAUCCAGAAAUUAUAAAAUUUGGCAUGAUUUAUGAGUAACCAUACUUUGAAAUCAAUGUUUCUUAAAUAUGGAGUUGUUUUGGGGGAAAAGGUUGUUAUUGGAUGUAUCAUGCAAAUGCCUUUAUUUUAUUCCUUGAUGCUGUGAAUGCAUUAUAUAUUUUAUAAUUAUUACUGUUUUUUUCCUAAAAUACUGAAGUAAUGGCAUGAAGCAAAACCUAAAUUUUGAGCUGUCAACACAGUAAAAAUUAAAUUUGCUAAAUUAA